AUGAGUUUAUCUUCGAAUGGAAUAGGAACAACUAAUACACCUGCAUUACCAUCUUCGCCAUCAUCAACACAUCCAUAUUUAACAGCAAAACGAUGUUAUAACGCACAACCAUCAUUAUCAACAUCAACAGUUGAUUUUCGUGAAUUAACAAAUACACUUCAAGAAUUAAAUAAUAAUUUCAAACGAAAUGUUAAGCUUUUGACAGAUAUUAAAAAUCAAUUUAUUAAAGUAUGUGAAAAACAAGAAGCAAGAGUAGUAGAUGAUGGUUCUGGUACACAUAAACUUGAAAGAGUAACCGUUGAAUUACGAUUAGUAUUUUUGAAAAUUGGUGAAAUCGAUACAUUGAAAGAACAAUUUCAAGCUGAAGCAUUUAUUCAAGCACGCUGGUAUGAACCAAGCCUGAAAGGAACGGAAAUUGAUUGUUUCGAUGCACAUAAAUUUUGGAAUCCAUUAUUAUAUAUUGAUAAUUCAGUUGGAGAUUUAAAAAAUGAUGUUUGGCAUAAAGUUGUAUAUGAUGGAACUGAUACACCAAUGGUUUAUGAAAUGCGAAAAGUUAAAGGCGUUUUUCUUGAAAAUCUUGAACUUAAUGAUUUUCCUGUUGAUGUUCAAGAUCUAACAAUAACGAUUUCGACAACAAGAACUGUUAAUGAAGUAUCACUUGUUGCCGAUACUUAUCAAUUAAGUGCAAUAAAUACACAUGCAUUUAUUGAUCAACAAGAAUGGCGUUUACAUGAACAUGUUGAAACAUCAACAAAACUAAUAUCAAGUCCAUUUGCACCAUCGCAAAAUCAACAUCCAGCUUUCUCAGCUACUUUUAUUCUUUAA